UUCUUCCAGUAACGAUCAAUGCAGGAAGAUAAUAUCGGUGUGAGAUUGUUUGUUGUUUGUUUAGUUUUUAGAAGUUAGCAAAGUUUCAGGUAAAAUUCGUUUGAAAAUGAUGAAACGUGCCACCAGUCUGUCACCGGUUAAUCCGAUCCUGAAGAAAACACGACUCGAUUGUGGAGCAACGCUAUCGACUACCUCAUCGCUACUGAAAGCCAACAACGAUCCCUCCGAAAUGAACAGCGUCCACACGGCCAACAUUGCCGAGGUGCACGAGAUGCCCAUGGCCGUAAUCAACCGUCCCAUUCCGCCGGUUCUCGACGACGUCAAGCUCCAAUCGCUGAUGCAGACCAUACAGGACCCAACGCAACUGGCCACGGUUCCACCGAUCGACGUCCUCUGGAUCGAAGGCACCGAAGGUGGCAACUACUACUACAGCUUCGGGGGAUGUCAUCGUUUCGAGGCGUACAAACGCCUCGGCAAGCCGACCAUCACAGCUAAGCUGAUCAAAUCGUCCCUGUCCGAUUUGCAGCACUACCUCGGUGCCAGCUGCCCGAAGCACCUCAAGUGAUUCAGACGACAUUCCGCCAGAUAAUAUUUUAAUUGUAUCUUAUUUGUUUUAUUAAUCAUCUCGUGUACCAGCUAAGUCAGUAAAUGUUAAGGAAAUCGUUAAACCGCUUAACUAGUUUUUACGAAAAUAUAUCGAUGUUUUACAAUCUUCUUCGUGUAA